AUGACGAUCUCACCAAGGCCGGCUAAAAGGCGCCAGACGCUCCACCGCAAGACGGACCGCCUCUCGUGCCGCGCGUGGUCGCGGGAUCCCCCCGACGGCGGCCCGACGGUUUACCGCUGCCACAUGGUGAUACGCGAGUGCAGCGCGGAGGCGGCGCGGGACUUUUUCCUGGACGAGGAUUACCGCGCGGAGUGGGACGACACGCGCGCGCAGGGCAGCCAGAUGCUGGAGGAGUGGGACCCGCGCGGCGAGUGCAUCGCGCGCUGGGUGCGCAAGUUCCCCUUCUUCCUGCGCGACCGCGAGUACGUCGUCGCGCGUCGCGUGUGGUCGCUGCGGUCGCACACGUACCACUGCAUCUCCAAGCUCACCACGCACCCCUCCGCUCCCCCGCGCCCUAACCUCCUCCGCGUGUCCGCCUUAACGUCCAAAUGGCGCGUCGCCGCCAUCACCGACGCGCAACAAAUAUCCGCCAUCUGGCCCCCCGCUCAGGGGACUGCGCAAGCAUCCAAGGUAAAGCCCGCGCGCCGCCAGGCGCAUCCCGGAAACAGCGGCGGGGGGAGCGGCGUGUUUUGGAGGCAGGCGAGCGGGGAAGAGUGCGGGGAAGGCGAAUGCGCGGAGUCGCGGCUGCCGGAAGGGCAGGCAGGCCGGGGGGAAGCGGAGGAGGGGCAGGAGAGGGGUUGUUGCGGGGAAUCGGCGGUAUGCGCGGAGCAGGCGUGCGACAUUGUGACGAUCCACGCGGAGGACUCGGGCGUGUCGCGCAACAUCGCCAAGAUGGGCGUGGCGCGCGGCAUGUGGUCGCACGUGGUCAAGAUGGAGGCGGCGCUGCACGCGUACGUGCGCGCGGGGCGCAACGCGAAGCACUCGCUGCCCAUGUUCCUGCUGCACGCCGAUGCCAUGCAUGCUGCUGCCUCAGGCAUCAGACCGCUGUGA